UGACUUGAAGCUCUAUGGUUCUUAUUUUGGAGAUUCGAAGUUUGUGUAUUUUUUUUGACGCACCCAUUUAGCGACCGAAAUCUGAUUUUGAUUUUUCAGGAUUCAAUUCUUUCUUCAGAGUUCAGACCCAAAAACCCAACAAAAAUCAUGGCUGAAUCAUCUUCCUCCUCCGCCUCCUUGUCAUCGGUCCUGUCUGGAAAAUCCGAUGAAGAGAAAGAGGAAAUGCUAGACAGAAUGUUGACUCGCCUCGCACUCUGCGACGACCCUAAGCUACAAGACUUGCUCUCCAAGCUUCUUCCACUCUCAAUCGCCUGCCUCUCCUCUCCUUCCACCCCUCUGCGAAACAAAGUUAUCGAGAUCCUGAGUCAUGUGAACAAGAGAGUGAAGCACCAGCAACAGAUUGGUCUACCACUAUCCGAGUUAUGGAAAUUGUAUAUGGAGUCUAGUGCUGCACCAAUGAUUAGAAACUUUUGCAUAAUGUACAUUGAGAUGGCAAUAGAACGUGUGCCCAAGGAGGAAAAACAAAUCAUGGCACCUGUAUUUUUAGCUAACAUAUCAAAGCUUCCUCCUCUUCAUCAGGAUAUAUUGUUGAGACUCACAGCUAAGGUGAUUGGUGAGUGCCAUUCAACUCAAAUCAGUGAUGAAGUUGCUGCAAAAUAUAGGAUGCUACGUGGUUCUAAGGACAGCGAGAUAUUUCUUGAAUUUUGUCUUUUUACAAUUUUGUAUCAGCCACCACCUCAGAGUGGAGGAUGUCCAGCUGGGCUUUCAUCUGUUCAAUGUGAACGAAUUACAGGAAAACAACCGCUGAAAAAUGAUAUGCUUCAAAAUAGGAAGUUGGGAAUGAUGAAUAUCCUUGUGGCUUUGGAGUUGCCUCCUGAACUUGUUUACCCUCUCUACAUUUCUGCAUGUGCUGACAGUCAAGAGUCUGUUGUAAAGAAAGCUGAGGAGGUCUUGAAGAAGAAUGCUUCUGGUGUGAAUUUAGAUGAUCCGAAGCUGAUUAACAAACUAUUUUUCCUAUUUAAUGGAACCACAGGGUCUGAAAAUAUUUCUCCAGAAUCUAAAGUCAGUCCAGCAAAUCCAGCUUUGAGAGUGAGACUGAUGUCGAUUUUCUGCCGGUCAAUUGCUGCAGCAAACAGUUUCCCAUCAACUUUGCAGUGCAUUUUCAGCUGUAUAUUUGGAACUGAUACCACCUCCAGGUUGAAGCAGUCGGGGAUGGAGUUUACUGUGUGGGUCUUUAAACAUGCUAGAAUGGACCAGUUGAAGCUCAUGGGCCCUCUUAUACUGACUGGAAUUCUGAAAACUUUAGAUAAUUACUCAUCGCCAGAGUCAGAUGCUAUUGCUAGGGAGACUAAAACUUUCUGUUUUCAAGCAAUUGGAUUGCUUGCACAGCGUAUGCCUCAACUUUUUAGAGAAAAAGUUGAUGUGGCUGUUCGGCUUUUUGAUGCUCUGAAGUUCGAGGCACAGUAUCUCCGCCUGAUUGUUCAAGAAGCAACAAAUUCUCUUGCUGUUGCAUACAUGGAUCCACCCUCAAAGGUGCUAAAGGAUUUGGAAUUGCUUCUGUUGAACAAUUCUCAAAUGGAACAAAGUGAAGUUCGUUUUUGUGCUUUGAGAUGGGCGACAUCCUUGUUUGACUUGCAUCAUUGUCCUAGCCGAUUUAUUUGCAUGCUUGGAGCUGCAGAUUUGAAAUUGGACAUCAGGGAAAUGGCAUUAGAAGGUUUGUUUCCCGGUGAAGAUCAGAAAAAAACUUUGGCAAAAAGCAUCCCUAUCAAGUAUCCAAAACUUGCAGACAUGCUUGGUUAUAUUCUUGAACAGCAGCCAGCUGUCUCUGAUUUUAGUCCAAUGGGAGAUGUAAAGCUUCUUUUCCCAUCUAAGACUUAUGAGGCUAUGAUCAAAUUUUUGUUGAAAUGCUUUGAAGCAGAUGUUCGACAAACCAACUUGGAUGAAGAUUCUGAGUUUCUACAAUGGGUUGAAAGACUGUGUUUACUUUUGGAACAUGCUAUGGCAUAUGAAGGUUCUGUUGAGUUGCAUGCUUCAUCUUCCAAGGCACUAAUUACAGUUGGAUCCCAUUUUCCUCAGAUGAUUGCUUCUCGCUAUUCAGAAAAAGUUUUGUGGCUUAGACAAUUUUUGGGUCACCUAGAUUUCAGUACUCGUGAAUCAGUAGCGCGUUUACUUGGAAUAGCUUCCGCUAUGCUUCCCAUCCCUGCUUUAUCUCAACUUACUGAUGAGUUAGUUUCUUCAAUCUCUGGAACACAAAAAUUGAGGUUUGAAAUGCAGCAUGGACUACUUUGUGCUUUAGGAUACAUUACUGCAAAUUGUGUGUCGAAAACACCUACUAUCUCAGAGUCCCAGCUUCAAUAUAUUUUAAAAUGUUUGGUUGACGUGGUUACUUUAGAGACUGCUACAUUAGCUUCUGUGGCAAUUGAAGCCCUGGGUCAUAUUGGACUAUGCAUUCCACUGCCUCCACUUCUUGAUGGAUCUACUUCAGUUUCGAUUUGGACUCUCUUGCAAGAAAAAUUAAGCAAGCUGCUCCUUAGUGAUGAUAUAAAAGCUGUCCAAGUAACUCUUAUUGCUUUGGGGCAUAUGUGUGUGAAAGAACCGUCAUUGUCGCAUCUAAAUAUUGCUCUUGAUCUAAUUUUCUCUCUUUGCCGGUCAAAGGUUGAAGAUAUCCUGUUUGCUGCUGGCGAGGCCCUUUCGUUUUUGUGGGGUGGUGUUCCUGUGACUACCAAUAUGAUUCUCAAAACUAACUAUACUUCACUUUCUAUGAGUUCUAACUUCCUUAUGGGAGAAGUGUCCCCAUCUUCAUCAAGUCACUGCUUAAUGGAUUUUGAUAGCAAUGAAAAUCACCACAUUACAGUCAGGGAUUCUAUUACCAGAAAGCUAUUUGAUGUCCUAUUAUACAGUAACAGAAAAGAGGAGCGUUGUGCUGGAACUGUCUGGCUACUAUCACUAACAGUAUAUUGUGGCCAUCACUCAACUAUCCAACAAUUGCUUCCAGAUAUCCAGGAAGCAUUUUCGCAUCUACUUGGUGAACAGAAUGAACUUACACAAGACCUAGCAUCUCAGGGCAUUAGUAUUGUGUAUGAACUUGGUGAUGAUUCCAUGAAGAAAAACCUAGUUAAUGCACUUGUUGGAGCUCUAACUGGAUCAGGGAAGAGGAAGAGGGAUGUUAAGCUUGUUGAGGAAUCUGAAGUUUUCCAAGAGGGUUCAUUGGGUGAAAGUCCCAGCGGAGGAAAACUGAGCACUUAUAAGGAGCUCUGCAGCUUAGCUAAUGAGAUGGGACAACCAGAUUUAAUUUAUAAGUUCAUGGAUUUAGCUAAUCAUCAAGCUUCUCUUAAUUCCAAAAGAGGUGCUGCUUUUGGGUUUUCUAAGAUAGCCAAGCUUGCAGGGGAUGCCUUACAACCCCACCUUCGUUCGUUGAUACCAAGACUUGUUCACUAUCAGUAUGAUCCUGAUAAAAAUGUACAGGAUGCGAUGACUCACAUUUGGAAAUCGUUGGUAGCAGAUACAAAGAGCACCAUUGAUGAAUAUUUGGACCUUAUUUUUGAUGAUCUCUUGAUAAAAUGUGGUUCCAGGCUUUGGCGCUCUCGGGAGGCUUCUUGUCUUUCUCUUGCAGAUAUAAUCCAAGGACGAAAAUUUGAUCAGGUUGAGAAGCAUUUGAGGAGAAUUUGGACAGCUGCUUUCCGGGCCAUGGAUGACAUAAAGGAAACUGUUAGAAAUGCUGGUGACAGAUUAUACCGUGCUGUUUCUUCAUUAACUGGGAGGUUAUGUGAUGUAUCUCUUACGCCAGUGCCAGAGGCAAGAAAAACAAUGGAUAUGAUUUUGCCUUUAUUGCUAACAGAAGGUAUAAUGAGUAAAGUUCAAAAUAUCCGUAAGGCAUCCAUUGGAAUGGUUACAAAGCUAGCAAAGGGUUCAGGCAUUGCAGUCCGUCCACAUCUGCCAGACCUUGUUUGUUGUAUGCUGGAAAGUUUGUCAAGCCUUGAAGACCAAGGGAUGAAUUAUGUUGAGUUGCACGCAGCAAACGCUGGGAUACAAACAGAAAAACUAGAAAACUUGAGAAUCUCUAUCGCCAAAGGAUCUCCAAUGUGGGAAACUCUUGAGUUUUGCAUAGAGGUUGUUGAUUCUCCUGCGCUAGAAUUAUUGGUUCCUCGUCUUGCUCAGUUGGUUCGUUCUGGUGUUGGCUUAAACACCAGGGUUGGUGUAGCAAAUUUUAUAAGUUUGUUAGUUCAGAAAGUUGGUGUUAGCAUCAAAUCAUUCACAAAUGUGCUACUGAAGCUUUUACUUCCAGUUGUUAAGGAGGAAAAAAGUGCUGCAUCAAAGCGUGCUUUUGCGAGUGCAUGUGCAAUAAUUUUGAAGUAUGCGUCUCCAUCACAAGCCCAAAAAUUGAUUGAAGAUACAGCAACCCUGCAUUCUGGCGAUAGAAAUGAUCAGAUUUCUUGCGCAAUCCUGUUGAAAAGCUAUGCAUCCAUGGCUGCUGAUACUUUGAAUGGAUAUCAUUCCAUUAUUGUUCCUAUCAUCUUCCUUUCGAGAUUUGAGGAUGACACGAUCAUUUCUAAUUUAUAUGAAGAAUUGUGGGAGGAAAACAUGCCCAGUGAACGGAUAACUCUUCAACUUUACUUGGGAGAAAUUGUUACUCUUAUCAGUGAAGGAAUUAUGUCAUCGUCAUGGGCAACAAAAAAGAAGGCAGCACAAGCAACUCGUAAGCUUAGCGAAGUCCUUGGCGAAUCAUUAUCUUCACAUUAUAAUGCCUUGCUCACCGCUCUUAUGAAGGAACUUCCUGGGCGGUUGUGGGAGGGAAAGGAUGCACUAUUAAAUGCAUUGUCUGCUCUUUGCACAUCGUGCCAUAAAGCUAUUUCUGCUUCCGAUCCUGAUGCUCCAAAGGCUAUAUUAAGUCUUAUAUCUUCCGCAUGCACAAAGAAAGCACAAAAAUAUCGUGAAGCUGCUUUUUGCUGUCUUGAGCAGGUUAUCAAAACUUUCAACAAUCCAGAUCUCAUUGAGAUUGUUCUGCCAUCGUUAUUGGAUACAUGCAAUUCGAUCGCUCAUAGAAAGUCAAGUCAAAUACCCCUGACAAGUGAUGAUAAAGCAGAUGCAGAUGAGAAAGAUAGUUCCCCGGCUUUAUAUGAAAAAAUAAUAAAUUCCAUAACGGCCUGCAUCCAUGUGGCUCGAAUCAGCGAUAUUCUCAAACUACACAAGGACUUGAUUGAUGUGUUUUUGAUUUCUCUCUCCCCUAAUUUUUCUUGGACAGUUAAAAUGCCAGUUUUUUCAUCUAUAAAAGAGCUGUGCUCAAGGCUUCGAAUUAGUAGCGAUGACUCUCAAGAUUCUACUUUACAUUCCAGCAUAUCUGCUUUAGUUCAUGAGUUAUUUUACACACUGUUGCCGGAAUUGCUUAAUUGUCUCCACACAAUAAAAAUUGGCCAGGUUCAUGUAGCGGCUGCAGAGUGUCUUCUGGAGUUGACUCACUGCAGGGACAUUCCUUCAGUUCAUAGAACAGAAGUAGGGUUUAAGGCCGAUCUUCUUCAUCUGUGUGAAGUGGAAAAAAAUGAACAGGCCAAGUCUCUGUUGAAGAAAUGUAUUGACAUCCUAGGAAGCCUCGAAGAAGAAAGUAAAACCCCGAGCUAAAAGCAGUUGGAAACUUCAGUUAUUGUGGUCCAUCACAGUUCAUGUUGCCUUAUAUUUCAACAGAUAGCAUUCCAUUUUCAUUGAGUGCCACACUUAUAUCUUUGUUGUGCACCCCGGGCACAUAUUUUAUACAUUUUCAUACUUCGCAGGAAGUCCAAAAUACAUGGAGAAUGGAUCAAGAGUAGUCUAAUUAUGAACCUAAAUUAUUGUUGUAUUGAUAGCUUUUCUUGAGCAUAGCUUUUGAAAAAAUUAUUAUCGUUGCCUUA